GGACGUCCAUUUUUCCCCCGACUACGUUUCCCAGAAAUCCGGGAGGCGCCGUUCUCGGGGGACCCGGAGCCAGCUUCCUUUCUCUGCUGGACUCUGAGCCUUGAGCUCCCUCACUCAGUGAAGCCUUUGAGUGGUAGCUCUGGCUGCAGCGCGCCCGUGUACUGUGGACCUACGUACGCCCUCUUGUGUAGAGCCAGCCCCGGGCCGGAGCAUGGACUCUGGUGGAGUCACGUGCCGCCGAAGCCCGUCUCUAUAGCAACCGCUUGACAGUGGUCCGUCUGUCUCAAUCACCCAGAGAAGGGCGGAAACCCAGCCUGGAGGUUCCGGGAAAUGUAGUCUGGAAGCAGAGGCGUGAAGAGCAGCCUAAAGGGAAUCUCUUUGAGGCAUAGAUCCGAGUGGUUAUAAAAACUUGAACAAGCUCAAAUGGCUCUAGAAUCCAGAGAGGCUGCUGCCCUCGAUCCUCAGAAUCCAGCAGGGAAAGAGAGACUUCAGGUAGUAAAAGUAAAGGUGGAGGAAGAAGAGGAUUACCUGUGGGGAGAUAAAGGGAGCGAGAAGAGGAACAGCCCUUCCACCCAAGAGAUCUUCCGCCUGCGGUUCCGGCACUUUGGCUACAGUGACACACCUGGACCCCGAGAGGCUCUGAGCAAACUCCGGGAACUUUGCCAUCAGUGGCUAAGACCAGAGAUCCACACGAAGGAGCAGAUUCUAGAGCUGUUAGUCCUGGAACAGUUCCUGACCAUUUUGCCAGAGGACCUGCAGACCUGGGUGGGAGAUCAGCAUCCAGAGAGUGGAGAGGAGGUGGUAACGGUGCUGGAAGAUUUGGAGCGAGAGCUUGGUGAACCAGGACGUCAGGUUGCCUCAAGUACACAGAGAGAGGCAGGGGCCUGGGAGAAGAUGGCACCCUUGAGAGCAGCACAGAAUGCACCCAGUGUUCAGCUUCAGCCUAUGAACACCCGGAUCAAGUGUGGGUCUCCAGAGCCCCAGUUCCUCCAAGGAAGAGAUUUUGAGACCAGUACCAAGUGGUCCCUUCCAAAGCAGGAACUUUCUGAAGAAGUAGAGUCACAGGAAAGGAUGUCUGGAAGAUUUCCAGUGGAUGUUUUCAAAGGAUUCAAGACUGGAGAAACCUAUGAAUGUGAAAGCACUUUGGACAAGCAGCAAGAAAACAAAGUGGAGAAAGUAGAUGGAUCAGUUUCCCAGGAUGGAAAUUUUAUAUCUUCUGAAAAAAUUCCCUUAGGAGAGAAUGGCCAUAAAUAUGAUAAGUGUUUGUGUAGUUGCCAUAUGAAUUCAAACAUGGUUACACAGCAUAGAGUUCCAACAGGAGAGAAGCCCCAUAUUUCUGCUAUAAACAACCAAAACUCUACACAGAAUUCAUCUUCUACUGUACAUCAAACAGAUCAGACUGUCAAGAAACCUUAUGAAUGUAAUGAAUGUGAGAAAACUUUCAAGCAGAACUCAGAACUUAGAAAACACCAGGGAAUUCAUAUAGGAAUGAAACCUCACAAAUGUACUCAGUGUGGGAAAGCAUUCAGCCGGCGUUCAUAUCUUAGGAAACAUCAAAAAAUUCACACUGGAGUGAAACCCUAUUCAUGUAGUGAAUGUGGGAAAGCUUUCAGAGUUAGCUCAGACCUUAUUCAACAUCAAAGAAUUCACACUGGAGAUAAACCCUAUCACUGUAGAGAAUGUGGGAAAGCCUUCAAUCAGAACUCUUCUCUUAUUCAGCAUCAGAGAAUUCAUACUGGAGAAAAACCCUAUGAGUGUAAUGAAUGUGGGAGAGCUUUCAAUCAACGCUCAGCUCUUACUCAACAUCAGAGAAUUCAUACUGGAGAGAAGCCCUAUGAAUGUAAAGAAUGUGGGAAACCCUUUAGGCAUUGGUCUGGCCUUAUGACACAUCGAAGAGUGCACACCAAACUUUGACCUAUGCAUAUUCUGAAUAUGUCAGAUCUUAGACAACUUUGUAGCUGUUAUUAAAUCUCAGAAAAUGUAUCCUGGGAUCAAAAUCAUAUAAAGUAAUUGUGAGCUCCUCAGGGAUAGAGCCUGUGCUUGUCUUAUUUUUGUAUGGCUCUCUCCUGAAUAUCAUGUGCCUAUGAGACCUUCAUUAAGGUUUAUUUUGUGAUAGACUAAUCUAUAUAAAAAAGGUGGGGUAAACAUUGUUUACUUCUUCCUUUACUUUUUACAAAACUCAAGGAAUUUGAAAUAAAUGGGAAUGUAAUAUCCUCAGCUGAAGCUUAGUCACUCCAAGAAACUAUGAAUUAGAGCAAAUUUGCUCUGUCUCUUUAUUCACUUUUCAGGAAUCCCUAUAUUUGUUGUCAUUUGUCAUUAACACAGAGGUGUUAUGAAUAUUAUCAGUGAAUUGUCCCUCUAUAUCUGAUUAUUCCUACCUCCUUCCUGACCUCCACUGGCAAUUCUAUGAGGAACAGAAAUAGAUGAAGAAAGAGAUUUCAAUUUUUUUUCCCCUACAGCAAAAAAUGCAACUAGUUUCCUUUCUUCUGAAGCAGUAUGAUAGUGAUAAGGGAGCUGUUAAUAUUAGGUUGUCAGUUUUACUGACAUAUACUGGGGCAAAAUAGCUCUUAAAACUUUUCCCCAUCAAUUGUGAAUUUAUCUUUUCCUUUUUUUGAUAUGGUAAUUUUGUUUUAUUUUAAAAUUACCUAAGGACUCAUCUAUUUUCUUUUUUUUUCAACUUAUAGUUUUAUUUAUUAGUUAAUUGGGUUUUUUGCUUUCAGUUUUUUUUUUAUUCUCUUCUUUACUUUUCAGGAUUUCUACCUUGGUUUUUAAUUGGGAGGGGAGGUGCAAAUUUGUUUGCUUUCUAAUUAUUUUACUUGCAUGCCCUAUUUGUUGAUCUGCUUUCUCUUUUAUUGGUGAAAAUAUUUAAGAUAUAACAUUUCCCUCAGGUCCUGCUUUGGCUACAUCCCUCAAAUUUGGUAUGCUAUUUCUUUAUUGUUAUUAUCUUAUUGAAAUCAUUGUUUCUAUGAUUUAGUCUUUGACUCACCUUUAGGUUAGAGUUAUUUAAUUUCUAAUCUUUGCUUCAAAGUCCAUUUAUUGAAUAUAAUUUUUAUUGCAUUGUCAUAAAAGAUGAAUUUAAUGUUUCUGAUUUUCUGCAUUUGUGUGGCUUUUAUGUUCUUAAUACAUGAUCAGUUUUUGUGAAAGUACCAUACACAGUUGAGAAAUAGGUACUCCUUUUUGUUCCAAUUCAGUAUUUUCCAGAGUCCUAUCAUGUCUAACUUUUCUGAAAUGAUAUCCAGGUCUUUCAUUUCUUUUUUAAUUUUUGGGGGGGUCAGUUAUCUAGGUCUGAGAUGGUAGAAACUGAAGUCCCCCACUAUUUUAGUUUAAUUUCUUUCUUAUAAUUAAUUUAAUUUUCCUUUAAGAAUUUAGAUGCUUUUACCAUUUGGUAUAUAUGUGUUUAGUAUUGAUAUAAAUUCAUUGUCUGUAGUACCUUUCAGUAUAAUGUAGCUUUCCUGUUUAUUUCUCUUAAUUAGAUCUAUUUUUCUUGUUGCUUUAUCUGAGAUCAUGAUUGCUUCC